UAAGAGUUUGAACUUGAAAUAUAAACCAAAGCUGGCGCCUCAAGUUGACAUGCAGGAGAUGUUUGAGAAAUGCCUCAAAUAACAGUCUUCCUAAUUCAAAAUCUCUGAAGGACUUAUAUCUCUUGCAAAAUGUUGGCGUAAUCAUCUACAAAUACUGGUCCAUAGCUGAUGAAUACCAAAAGAGCAACCAGAAGCAAUAUCCCAUUGUAGAUCAAAUGAAAGGUCUCUACCAAACAGUUUAUGCUAGAAAGGAAGAGAAGAAAGAGAAGAAAGAGAUGGAUUCAGAAGGAGAAUGAAAAGAGUUUGAAGACCCGGAUGAGAAUAGUGAUCUUCAUUCAUUUGAAGGAGACCAUAAUCCUGAUGACACAGAUGAAAUCUCAGAUGUAAUCUCAGAUGAUAAUUCAGAUGAAGUUACACUCGAAGGGAAUAGCCUUUUUAAAAGUGCAUCUUCUCAUGAAAUCAACAGCUCCCAAGUUAGCAUGAGUAGUGAUGAAGAACCUUUGUUUGGUUCUAAUCAAAUAAGUCAAGACAUGAGCGAGUCGAGCAAUAGCGAUGAAGGCUCAGACCCUCAAUUCCUCAAUGAGGGAGAUCAAUAUGAACAAUAACUCUCAUAGGUAAAAUAAGUUCUAUAAUUCUG